UUAACAACCUUCAAAUGAAAGUCUCAAGCCUAUCUCCCUUAUCCUCAUAAAAAUCAGUGCUUCUCCUACCAUAUUUAAUUCUGAAAUGAUAUGUAAUUCCAGCUGAAACCUCCUUCUGAUCAUCUUUCUCUACAACAAAAAGAUGUGUGAAGCCAAGAACUUCUAUAUAUGGCUGCUCCAAAUUCUAGCACUCUUGGGUAUCCUAGCCUUGUGUCUAUGGCUAAUCUUACGUCCCAAAGCUCCCAACUAUACCAUUGUUGACAUCACCAUCCCACCAGGCUCAUUAGCCAGUAGUGAGGGUCAAAAUGCCACCAUCUACUAUGACCUUGAAAUUGAAAAUCCAAACAAAGACUCAAGCGUAUAUUAUGAUGACAUUUUGUUCACUUUUUUUUAUGGUCAGGAUACAGUAGGACAGAAAACAAUACCUUCUUUCCAUCAGGGAAGAAGUAAAACUCGUCAAGUAGUUGAUUAUUUGGAGGUCAAACCGAGUGUUUGGAAAUCUUUUCACAAUGCAAUAUCAAAUGGAAAAGCCGAGUUGAAGGCGAGCUUAUUAACUAAAGUUCGAUAUAAGACUUGGGGACAGAGGAGUAAGCAUCAUAAAUUAGAUUUGGUAGGUAAACUACCAAUUGGCUCGGAUGGGAAGAUUUCAGGUAAGAAGAAAAAGAUUAAGCUACGCCAUUCUUCCAAGAAAUGGAGAAAGUAUAAAGCUUGAGUCAUUAUGGUUGGUAAUUACUACAUGAUUAGAUGUUUUUGUAUCAUUAUACACAGAAAGAAGGGUUGUGGAAUUACUUUGUUUCUAGUUUAAUCUACAAUUUGUUGUCUUAUAUCUGUGUAGUGUUUUACAAAGUAAUACUUGUGUAGCACCAAAAAAAAAAACUCU